GGCAUAUCAAAACAAUGAAGGAAUUGUACUUACCUGAACUUCAUGAAUUGUAUCAAAAAAUUGCUGGCAAAUUACAGCAGGUAAAAUCUAUGUCACCUAAGGCAUUGAGUGCUUCUGUCAGGGACAUUGGCUCUGUUGUCAACAUGGUUGAUAGGUUUGCAGGAUCAGCUCCUGGUAAUGGAUCUAGAGCUGCAGUUGGUGAGGAUUUAGUUGCUAUGACAAACUGUCAUUUACAGGUAAGAAAUUUCACGAGCCACGAUGGAACUAACGGGACAAGGAAAAUGAAGCGCUACACUAGUGCCAUGCCCUUAAAUGUCAUAUCAUCAACCAGUAGUAUUAAUGAUUCAGAAAUAUCAGAACUAGAGUCAACUGCAACAUCUGGUAUCAAGAGGUGUAAGUUAGAGGCAAUUCAUGCUCUUAAAGAUGAAAUUAGGGAAAUAAAUCAGUGUCUUAUUGACACUGUUAUUGAUAUUAGUGAGGAAUCAAGUGUUGUAGCAGUUGCUGCUGAAGGAGAUGAAGGGACCAUUGUCAAGUGCUCUUUCAGCGCCGUGGCACUCAGUCCAAACAUGAAAUUGCAAUAUGCUUCAGCACAGAUGUCUCCAAUACAACCAUUAAGGUUGCUUGUCCCCACAAAUUAUCCCAACUGUUCCCCAAUACUAUUGGACGUAUUUCCAGUGGAAGUCAGGCUGUCAAUCUCAUUGUAACUUUGUCUUGAACAGGAAAAACAUACCGUCUACGGGUGCAUAAUGUCGGUAUCUCAACUAAUUUUGACAGGAAUUCGCCACAGUAGUUAGUUGUGUGAGCGAAAAGCAAUAAUUUGAUUCAAAGUUUCGAUUUUGAAUUUUUCUUGGAAACGUUUCAUCUGGGUAUCAAUAUAAUUUCGGUUUUAGUCACCAUAAUUGCUUAAUAUGGUUU